CAGGAGGCGUGUCUGGCUGAUGAAAACAAGAAGUCUAUGGGCGGAAACGAUGCUAAAAACAUUGGCAGAACUCAGGGCUUCUUGUGAGUGUUCUGGGUCCGGAUUUAAGACAGAAACAGGUGGAAACCGGGGCUCUCGCGCAGGCACGCGCCCGUCCGCUCGGUGUGCAGACUGUCCGCGCGGGAGCGCAGCUGGCGCGGACUGGACCCGGGCUUCGGUCGGUUAGCAGACAGGCUAGCUGCUGCUGUUCCCAGACGUGGGUCAGUCAUCCAAAAUGGAUGACAGCAAGAUGGUUGGUGGAAAAGUCAAGAAACCAGGAAAACGUGGUCGUAAACCUGCCAAGAUUGACCUGAAAGCCAAACUUGAACGAAGCAGACAGAGUGCUAGGGAAUGUCGGGCCAGGAAGAAACUGCGUUACCAGUACCUGGAGGAACUGGUGUCCAGCAAGGAGAGAGCCAUCUGUGCUCUGAGAGAAGAGCUGGAGAUGUACAAGCAGUGGUGCUCUGCCAUGGACCAGGGGAAAAUCCCUUCCGAAAUCAAGGCUCUCUUAACUGGAGAUGAUCAGAAAACCUCUCAGAGCACCAGCACCAAAACACCCAAAAAUGGCAAAUACAACUCGUCAAGUAUAAGCCAGAGUAAGUCUGCGUAGGUUACAGUCAGACACCUGUUUUGACAUGCUUUCCACAUCUUGGAGAUGAUGAGACAGAAGAUUUAGGGUAAACUCACUUUAUGUGAAGGUGUAGUGUAACAAGCACAUAGGCAAGUUAUGGCUCAGUUCAUGUGUAUGAUGAAAACACCUGGUUAAAAACACUAAGUCUCCUGUUAUUAAAGAACGCAGUAGUCUUCUAAUGCCCAUUGCUUGGGCCAGUGCGUACCCAGAGAACUUGCUGUUGUUCACAUCAGUUUUCUUAGACGUAGAACAAACUAAUAGAAUGUAAUACACUGUAUGUACAAAUGCUUGUGGACACCCAUUCUAAUAAAUGCAUUCAGCUAUUUUAAGUUUUACUAACUGCUGACACAGAGACAGCUUAAUACACAGCUUAUCUAGUCCUUGUCUAAUGCCAGUAGAACAGGACCCUUUGGAACAAAUAAAUAUGAAUCUACUGGCACCAUGCCUAAUGCCAGACAUAUGCUGUUGAUUUCUGAAGAAAAAUUGAAUGUUCUGGUGUCCCAAUACUUUUGUCCAUAUAGUGUAUGUAGGCGUAGAAAAAUAAAAGUGUUAAAUUCUGUAGAAAUCCAAAUAGUUAACACAACUAAGGUAUGGGUACUUGGCAGCAAAACGUGCAAUAAGUUUAAAAUAUGACAAACCCUUCAAAUACAAAAAGACAUGCAAACCCUGGGUGUUGCCAAAAUGAUUUAGCUUUGCUCUAAGCACUUUAAAGAAUUUUGAAGAUUUGCAUAGCACUGGUAAAAGCUCAUAUUUUUGUCUUUAUUUUUUAAGGGAUGGCACAAAGUAAUGGGUAGGGGUCUAUUUUUGGAAAUAUUUAUUUCUUUAACUAAAACGGAAAGCACUUUCACUUUUUUCAUUUGAACUUAAAAUUAAAUUUGUUUAGUGGUCCAACUGGCAUUGCAUGAUGAGAAAUGGCUAUGGCUCUUGGUUACCACAAUGUUUCCUUUUGUGAGAUGACCAUAGACGUCCUAUUCUCAGACCACAAAAUUAUGAUAUUGUAGUUACAACACCGACAACUGUGUGCGUUUGAUCUUUGUAUUGUUAUCUGUGUAUUUACAAUCAUGCCUUUUGUUAAGUCAAAUUAUAAUUAUAAAUUCUCAUUUAGACUGAAAUGUAUGGCUAUAGUUCCAUAUAUUGUCCAUGUCAUUCAUCAUUUCAAAACAAGUACAACAAACAAAAUGGUGGGCGGUAUUUAUUUCUGUUCUUUCACUUUAGAGAUAGCCUGGUAUGUGUGUUCAGCUCUGAAUCCAGACAUUUUUUAUUUUAGAGAAAGGCAAGUUGGCUCUGAUCUCUGCAGUGUGGUAGAUCUCCAGGACCAGGGUUUGACAUCCCUGUUUCACACUAGUGUUCAGAAUCUGCAUAUUCGGUGUGAGUUGUGCAAUGAAUAGACUCUUUGCAGUUACUUUUCAAAUGUUUAAAAUCACUGUUUUCAAUAAUAUAAACACAAUUUGAAGCAGACUUUAUAGGCUGGACAAGGAUUACUUAAUAACUAUGUAAGCUGUGCAUUGCUGUACGUUCUGUUUAAUAUAAUAUUAAAAUUAUUUGAUUAUCAUAUCUUGCCAGUCCUAAAAACCUCAAUAUAAAAUUACGUAAAUUAGAUACAGAAGAAAAUUAGAACAGUCUGAAAUUUAGUUUUUAAAGUCAUCAUUUUACCAGAAUGCCCAGGCUUUUGUGAAAGACUGCAUGUGUUAUUACAAAUAAUAGUAACAUUUAAUAUGACAAGUGAUUUCAAACUUUUGAGUGGUUGAGUAUAUGUAUUAUUGACAUGAUCCAGAUUUGCUGCAUGGCUAUUAAAUUUCCUGAAAAACACAACAUCCCAGAGCAACUAAUGCAGAGUGCAAAUUAGCUUCUAAGGAACAGCUCCAAGAAAAAAAUUAAGCUUAAUGACUGGAGCUACUAUUUGGCAUCAAAGUAUAUCUCAAGAUUUCUAUGUUUUUAAAUGUGUUGUCCCGUUUUCAUGCCUGUUUGAUUCCUGCGAUGUGACCUUGUUUAGCACAGAAAUGUAUAUUUUUAUAUUUAUAUGUAAAGUUGUGUAUAGAUAUGAUGGAGGAUGCUCAUAAAAUUUGUACAUGAAACAAGAAUAA